CGCGUGUUUCGACGCGAUUGCACACUAGUGCAUCUGUUCAUCACUAACCGCCAUGGAAGAUACAUUUGUAGCCACUGGACUUCUUGGGCCUGGCCCAUCGACGUUGUUACUCGACUCAUUACCCAAGACAGAUAGGCUCAGCGCCGGAUUCAUAUCGAAUGGCCUUUUGGGCGGAUUGUGUACUGUCUCGACUCAUGGACAACCGGAAGAACGAGCGCAGGAGCUUGAGGGCGGAGUUGAGCAGAGUAGAUGUGAACGAGCCGAGCAGAGUAGCGCAUUUCAACCAAACGGAUUGCUGGGAUCACAGACCGCGGACGGACCCCAAACCGAUACUUUUGAAUCAAGUCAAGAUGAUCAUUUCCCUCCCAUAUCAGACAUCCUGGGUCUCAUUCCAAAGGAUACGGUGUCUUCCUCCUCCCGCUCAUCUAUCCCUACACACAUACGUGCUUCGCUUCGGGCUACAACAUAUGACGGGAAAGUGAUACAUAUAGGGCGAAAGCGGUACAUAGGGACAACCCACAAGGCAAGAUACGAAUGCAUUUCUUACCUCCUCCAUGCUCAUGGCCUCCAGACUUCUUCUGCUCCUUCACGAUUGAGCAAUCUGCUGGACGUGCCUAUACACAGACUGAAAGACGAGUUAUCAGCUGCUGCUGCUUCGAAGUUGUCACUUUCGAAAUCCACCACCGGAGUGUCCGAGUCACACAAACCAUCGAGUACAGUGCCAGAGGAUACACUUUGGGUUGAUCGAUAUCGCCCUCGAAAAUUCACAGAACUGUUAGGUAACGAGCGUGUUGCUCGUGAAACGAUGGCUUGGGUAAAGCAGUGGGACUGGUGCGUGUUCGGUAAGAAGAAGAGCAAGAAGAGGCUGCGGGAAGAUGACGAGAACUAUAACCCUGACGAUGAAUACCACCGGCCACGAGAGAAGCUACUGCUAAUAUCCGGCCCCCCUGGGCUUGGUAAGACAACACUAGCUCAUGUCAUCGCGAAGCAGGCGGGAUAUGAAGUAAUGGAGAUAAAUGCGAGUGAUGCACGUUCUGCACAGGUCAUCGACGACCGAAUACGACCGGCACUGGAAUCAGGCUCCGCAGUCGGAAGCGUAAAACCUAUGCUGUUGAUCAUCGACGAGAUAGAUGGGGCCACAGGAGGCGGGGACAACUCAAGUGGAUUUGUGAACAAGCUGGUCUCGCUCACCUUUGACAAACCGAAGAACAAACGGAAAAAGGGCGACCAGAAAGACAAGCGUCCACUGCUUCGCCCGAUAAUAUGCAUCUGUAAUGACCAAAAUGCGAAUGCACUCUCCAAACUCCGUCCUCACGCCCGGCAAAUCCGGUAUACGAGACUUGCCGACAGUCAUAUCGUCAAGCGUCUCCGCGAGAUUUGCGAGUUGGAGGGUUUGCGAGCUGACACUAGGGCACUGAGCACCUUGGUCGGCGUGGCCAGAGGCGACCUUCGAGGUUGUCUCAAUACUUUGCAGUUCAUCAAGUCUCGCAAUGAUGAAGUAACCGAACCGCUCAUUCGCCGUGCUACAGUAGGCAUGAAGGAGGGGGACACUACCGUCACUUCCGUAAUCAACGAAAUAUUUGCGCCUUUAUCUCGAAAACGUGUCAAGGAGCUUGGUAUGGGCGAAGAAGAAGAGGCACGAUAUGUGAAUCGCCUAAGCCAUACGAUUGAAGGCUUGAAUAAUCCUGCAAGUAUAGCAAAUGGCUGUUUUGCGCAUUAUAUCAAUUGUCACCGGCACGAUGCGAACUUGAAUCACUACGAGAAGGCUGGCGAGUGGUUGACCACCUUUGACAACUUUUCAUCAGUCAUGUAUACGGACGGGGAUUUCGCACUGCAUACAUACUUGUCAUAUUUUCUGGUUCCUUUCCAUCCGCUAUUCCGAGAGCGAGGGGAAUCACGGGUUGAACGAGAUAGUGCGGACUGGGAUAACUUGCAGCUGACGCGCGCAAACGAAGAAAUUUACAAAUCAUUAUCAAACGGUAUCCGCACUGCCGGUCGGAGUACAGGGGCCAACAGACACCUCGUCACAGGUCAAGUCUUGCAACUCGAAUUUGCGCCGUACAUCAAUCGUAUAUUAUCCCCUCCUUUGCGACCAGUCAACAGUCAGGUAAUUAAACCACAGGAAAAAGCCUUGCUCUCGCGCUUGGUGGAGAUCAUGGUGUCUUUCGAACUUCGCUUUGUGCAGGAGAAAGUCGAGGAUGGCCAACUUGUGUACAGACUUGACCCUCCAAUCGAUGUUUUUAUUACCUAUGACGGCAAGCGCGCUGCAGAUAUCACAGUCUCUCGGUAUGCUGUUCGACACCUGGUUGCUACUGAGAUUGACGCCGCACUCAUCGCAAAACAAGCAGAUGCAGUGGAAAAAGGAAAGGAACACGCAAAAGCAAACUUCUUUAAAACAUCGAAGAAGAGCAACACGGAAAAUGUCGACGAAGCUCGCGAGCCCACGGAAAUGACACAAGCCAAUGACGAACUGCGCCGCUUGGAUGCCUCUGAGCCAGGCCCCCCAAACAAACGAGCACGCACUUCCGAGAAAGUCGAUAUUGCAGACAAGCCGCCUGUGGACUUCUUUGGACGGCCGAUCGUUGUAAAGAAAGAUUUAAUAAGCUCGUCGACUUCAAAAAAGGCAAUGCCUGAUUUUCGCAUUGCAUAUAAGCAUCUCGAAGGGAACUCGGCGGCUGUUCGACGGCCGAUCAAGGUCUCAUCGUUUCUUUGA